GAGAGCGAGAGGAAGCGGGAUGCAACUCAACCUGACGCUGAUCUGCUUCGUCUUCGGGGGUUUCCUGCCCGACGCCGCGGCCCGGCGGGAGCAGAUGGACACGGGGCAGUGCGACCUGCCCCGCUCGCAAGGAGAGCUGAACUCCUUCCUCUGGACCAUCCGCCGCGACCCCCCCGCCUAUCUCUUCGGCACCAUCCACGUGCCCUACACGCGGGUGUGGGAUUUCAUCCCCGACAACUCUAAGGCCGCUUUCCACGCCAGCUCCAGCGUCUACUUCGAGCUGGAUCUCACCGACCCCUACACCAUCUCGGGGCUGGCCAGCUGCCAGAUGCUGCCCCACGGGGAGAACCUGCAGGACGUGCUGCCCCGGGAGCUUUACCGCCGCCUCAAACGCCACCUGGACUACAUCAAGCUGAUGCUGCCCCACUGGAUGACCCCGGACCAGCGGGGCAAAGGGCUCUAUGCUGACUACCUCUUCAACGCCAUCGCCGGCAACUGGGAGCGCAAGAGGCCCGUCUGGGUGAUGCUGAUGGUGAACUCCUUGACAGAGACCGACAUCCGCUCCCGAGGAGUGCCGGUGCUUGAUCUCUACCUCGCCCAGGAGGCUGAGAGGAUGAAGAAGACGACGGGCGCGGUGGAGAGGGUGGAGGAGCAGUGUCACCCGCUGAACGGGCUCAACUUCUCCCAGGUGCUGUUUGCACUAAACCAAACUCUGCUCCAGCAUGAAAGUCUCCGAGCAGGCAGUUUGCAGGCCCCGUACACCACUGAAGAUCUCAUCAAACAUUAUAAUUGUGGAGACCUGAAUGCUGUUAUAUUCAAUCAUGACACUUCCCAGGUCCCAAACUUCAUCAACACUACACUUCCACCCCACGAGCAAGUAACAGCCCAGGAGAUAGACAGCUACUUCAGGCAGGAGCUCAUCUACAAGAGGAACGAGAGAAUGGGCAAGAGAGUGAUGGCGCUUUUGCGGGAGAACACAGAUAAGAGCUUCUUCUUUGCCUUCGGAGCAGGUCACUUCCUGGGUAACAACACUGUGAUUGAUGUACUGAGACAAGCAGGAUUUGAAGUGGAGCACACCCCUCCUGGACAACCGAUUGGAAAUUCAAGAAUGACCAAGAUGAGUCCUGCCUUACAAGGGUCCUCAGCAACAGCCCUGCCUGCUCUGCAGCUUUCUGAACAGGUCCCACUGACAUCUCCUUCCCUGAAGCCUCUACAGAUGGAUGAAGAAGACAGCCUGUCUCCUCAUCUCUUGUUACCAGACAGCAUCAGCCAGCUGGAAGAGUUCGGCAGACAGAAGAAAUGGCACAAGAAACAGCACAAACACCAUCGCCAGAGGCAGUUCAAUGACCUCUGGGUUCGGAUAGAAGACAGCACCACCACGUUGCCUUCCUAUAUCAGGAUAACCAAUGGCUACAUCACAGUCAAACCUCCCAUUUGGAUUUCCAACCGGCUGGACCAAAGGCCGCGCUCAGAUCACCCAUCCCAGCCUCAGCCUACAAGCUCAGCCUCAGCCACCAUAUUAUGGCCAUCAGUGACUGCUCCUCUCUACGUGGCCAUAGCUUCAUUCCUCCUGAAUCUACUGCAGCCUUCCUGACCACAUUGGUAUUACGUGCAAUCCCUUGGAAUAGAGAAGAGAGAUAAUUUAUGAACGAAUUGGAUGUUUUGACAGCAUUUCCAGACUGGACCUUCUCAGUGAAUCAAGAGUGCCUUCUAGCUGAUUUUGUCUCUUUGCCCAGAUACAUUUUGAAACUCUAAAGCUUUAUUGUAACACUGACUUACAUCUUCUUUUUGUAGAAGGAUCUUUAUUUCCCAUAGUGCUAUGGGGUUUUGUAAAAUAUUCAUGUUCAUAUAAAGAAAAAAGAAAAAAAAGUGUAUUUAUUCGACUGGUAAACUUAUUUUUUUCUUGUUGUAUAUGUCAAUAACAUCCCUAGUAAUCAGUAGCGAUGGUGAAACAGAUAAAUUAAUAUUUUCUAUAUUUGUUUUUUUAACUGACAACUCUGCAAAUGCCUGAAGUGGCACCAAAAUGAAUGGCUUGUUUCUUUAAACAGAACUUCUUACAGCAACAAUCCAAUAAGUACAUUUGUACUCUAUUUUGCUUUUUCUACAAUUCUCUUUAGAAUAACUUAGACUAAAUAAAGCAGAUCCCCUUAUCUGCAGCCUAUGCCCAGUAGAGGGAUAAGUGCACUCUCAAAUCAGCUGCUACAACCUAAAAUCUCAGUUAUUUUUGUAUGACUUAGUAAGUCGUUAGUCAAGAUAACCCUCUAUGUUCCCCAGUUGUCUUUAACUCAACCAUUCACCUUCUCUAGAAAUUACCAAUCUCCCUUUUUAGCCUGAGAUUAAGACAUCUUUCUCUUAAUAAAAGAUUUCAUUUUAACUGCAGUAAUCCCACUGGAAUUAUUCUCUCCCUCUUUUUAUAUAAACACAAGCCUGCAAUCCUUUCCAGCAUAAAUGAGAGCAGGACUUGGUCUGUCUAUAGAGCAUAAAGAUGCAAUAUCAUGCUAAUCUGUAGAACUGCUUUAUUAAUUCAAUUGAUAAAUAGAUAGUCAACCUGCAGGGAGGGAAGGAAAUGUCUAGAAAUCAUCGGCAUCUUGCUAUUAUGCUUAGAGUUGGAAUCCUCACAUUGAAUUAUAAUCUGUCCACAAUCUCUUCAAGGCUACAGGAACCAAGGUAAUUCAUAGUCAUGCAAAACCUCUCCUCUGUUUGUAGACUACGUCCAUCUAAGUGAAUAGAAGGAUUAAGUUCUGACAACUUGCACUCAAUGAAAAAAUUCGCCCAAUCUCCAAGCAGCUACUUCUCAUUAAACAGAUGAACAUCAUCCAUGGGAAAAAAAAUACAUCCAUCUUAAUAACAGCCAUGUUUACUAAGGCUAUUGUUAAUUUUUUCCCCAAAAACACAGGAUGAAAAAAAAUUACUUUCACUGCAAAAAAAUCCUAACAAUUUUUUUUUUUAAAAUAGUCUUUUUUUUUUUUCCCUGAAGUCAUCUGCAGUACAAAAAGUGUCAUGAAAAUAACUUAAACAAGAACUGAAAAUAAAAAAAGGAAAACACAAUCCAUCUAUGAAAAUGCAUUGCUUUUUCACCUUAAGAAUCACAUUCAGAUAAUGACAGCAAUCACAAUAACACUGACAAAAACCUGACUGUUAUUGGGCUGGCAGCAGCAUCACCUUCAGAACUGGAGACAAUUCCAUGUCAUCUUUAGGUCUCCUGAGUGGAAGAUGGUUCAGGAUUCACAGUUUGUUUGUCACCAGAAUAAUGAGUCAAGAAAAAAGCUUAGGAAAUAGUCAGCCUGAAAUAAGUACGUGGUUUUAUUUGGAACCAUGAUAAACCUGAGCUUUUCCACCAUGCAUCCCAGCCCAUUGCUUUGCCAAGGCAAGGGAGAACACUUUACUUUCAUCUGCCUUACUACAGCCCAUGACUUCAGCUCUUGCUUUAUUUUGGAGAAAAGGAUGUAUAGAUUUGUGAUUGACUUAAGUGGGUACAGCAGACAGCCGUGUAAGCUGCCUCUGUUUUAUAAAGCACAAUAGUUGAUAAGACUGAAUGGAAAACUUCAAGCUUUGCCCCAAAUAGGAGAUUCAAGCACACCCUGUGCAUACUUCUGUGUUGUGUAUUUUGGCUAGCAGAAGAUUAGAGAUGUUAGCUUUGGACAGAAGCCAUUCACCUUGCAUAAUAUUUAUUGCACUGAGUUAGAUAUUGGAAACAUAUUUUGAGAACUUUCAUUUCAGUUUUAUUUGUCCAUUUCCCCCAAAGUGGCUUCAUUUGAAUAUAAUGGCUUAACAGGCCUUCAAAUUCAACCUUAACACAUUCUAAAAGAUUGGUUCUCCUGCCAUAUUCAAAACAGAGUUCAGAACUGAAUGACAGGACGUUAGGUACAAAAAUUGAGCUGGAAAUAAGGUAGGCAAGUCAUAAGGGUGAUGAUUAGUUACACGGUAAAAGUGAACAGCCAAUGAAUCAAAGCCCAUUGAAUUUUAUUUGCUGUGAUCUGAUCAAGUCCAGAAAUGAUUCUGUGGUGCCAUACCAGAAAUAAUUCCCAGUGUCAGAGAGCUUACAGAACUAAUAGAUAAAACCAUAUGAAGAUCAGAGAAAGAAAAAGUAAAAAAAAAAAAAAAAAA